AUGGCAGACGGAUGCGUGAGAAGCUGCGGAGGCGUAGAGAUUCCAUACCCGUUCGGUCUAGAGCCUCGCUGCGCCAUGCGGGGCUUCGAGCUCACCUGCAACACCACAGAGGACGGCAGAAAACCGUAUUACAUCACCGUGGAGCUGCUCAACAUCUCGCUGCUUGAAGGUCAGGCCCGAAUGAGGAUGCCCAUAGCCAACUACUGCUACAACAGUACCUCUCGUGGGAUGAACGGCACGGGUUGGUCGAUCAAUUUGACGGACACUCCAUACCGACUCUCCGACUCCGGCAACAAGUUCACCGCCAUCGGGUGCCGAACGCUCGCCUACCUCAGUGUCAACGGCACACUGACAACCGGGUGCGUGGCCACAUGCCAGGAACACCCCGAGAGGCUCGUCGACGGUGUCUGCUCCGGGAUAGGUUGCUGCCAGACAGCCAUCCCCAAGGGGCUCCAGUACUACUGGGUCACGUUUAGUUCAGGCUUCAACACCACGCAGAUCUACAAGACAAGCCGUUGCAGCUACGCGGCACUUUUGGAGACGUCGAGCUUCAACUUCUCCGCAAACUACUCUACUACUUCGGCGUUCAACGAUCAUUACGGCGGGCGGGCGCCGCUGCUUGUGGAUUGGGCCAUCGGCAACGAGACGUGCGAGGUAGCGCAAGAUAGGCCCAAUUACUCAUGCGUCAGCGGAAACAGCGUGUGCGUGAACUCGCGCAACGGACCAGGCUACAUUUGCACCUGCUCCCGAGGAUUCCAUGGAAAUCCUUACUUGAGGCCAGAAGAUCCCGGCAGCUGCCAAGAUAUUGACGAGUGUGAGGAACCAAAUACAUACCCUUGCCACGGAAAAUGCAAAAAUAAAUAUGGAGGGUACAAUUGUACUUGCCCGUUUGGUACAAGAGGCAAUCCCUACAAGGGACCAUGCGACAAAGGGCUAGCUAUUGGAAUUUGUGCAUCUCUUUUGGUCGCUCUAACAACUUUAUUAGGGAUAGAAUGGAUCAAGUACAAACAACGAACCAAAAGACAAGACCUCUUGAUAAAGAGGGAUGAGUAUUUUCAUCUACAUGGAGGCGCACUAUUAACAAAUAUGAUGAAUGCAGAGAUCAACAUUUCAUUUAAGUUGUAUGACCGAGACGAAAUUGAGUUGGCCACAAAAAGCUUUUGCAAGAUGUUAAUCAUCGGUGAAGGAGGUCAGGGUACUGUUUUUAAAGGGUAUAAUCUUGAUCAAGUAAACAACCCUGUUGCAAUCAAGGUGUGCAAGGGAUUUGAUGAGAACAGUAGAACAGAAUUUACACAGGAGCUCCUCAUACUUUCUCGGGUUAAUCAUGAAAACAUUGUCAAGCUUCUUGGUUGUUGUCUGCAGUUUGAAGCUCCGGUUCUAGUCUAUGAAUUUGUGCCAAAUAAGACAUUAUACUAUCUAAUCCACAUCCAAAAUGAUCCAUCCAUCAGAACACUGGAGAUCCGCCUAAAGGUUGCUGCUGAGUCUGCGGAAGCAUUUGCAUAUCUACACUCACUGGAGCACCCUAUCUUACAUGGGGAUGUCAAGUCCUCCAACAUACUCCUUAGCAACAAUUUUAUCCCAAAGAUUUCCGAUUUUGGGUGCUCUAAAAUUAGCCGAGCGGAUGAAAAUGACAACGUGGUGAAGGGGACAAUAGGCUAUCUAGAUCCAGAGUACCUAUUGAAAUUUCAGCUCACGGACAAGAGUGAUGUUUACAGUUUUGGGGUUGUUCUUCUUGAGCUCUUAACUCGUCGAACGCCAUUGUCAACACGCAAGGUCAGCCUCACAUUAGUAUUUCAAGAGGCCAUGAAAGAUGGUCUCUUUCUUGAGCUCAUAGACCCUGAAAUAUUGCAUGAAGAUAACACAAAAUUGAUAGGUAAUCUAGCAAGGCUUGCAAGCCAGUGCAUAUCAAUGACUAGUGAGAGCAGACCAACAAUGAGCAUGGUUGCAGAGGAACUGCAACGAAUGGCAAGACAAGUACAACAAGACGGUGGGGUACUUACAUGUAUUAGUUCAUUGGCACUAUCACAUUUAACUGCAGACACAUCGGAGUAUUUUAUAGGCAAAUCAUCGACUGGUUAUGACAGUCUUCGGAGGGUGUCCACACUGAGCAUAGAAUUUGCUAGAUGA